AUGGACAUUGAGACGAUCACGUUACCUGGAGGCCAAGUUUUAAAAUACCUCAAAGAAAAAGAAGUUGAAAAUAAUCUCGAAAAACGAGGAUUCAAAGAAGAUGUUCAUCUGAUGAAUCUUGAAAGAUCAGAUAUCACUACUCAUGUAUACGAAGGAGGCUUCAAGGUUUGGGAAUGUUCUAUCGAUCUGUGCAACUUAAUCGAGCAAAACAAAGACACUAUAAAGGACAAGACUGUUAUUGAGCUUGGAUGUGGCGCUGGUCUACCUGGCAUUCUGGCAUCCAUAGUAGGAGCUAAGCAUGUUACUUUUCAAGAUUUCAAUGAUUGUGUCCUGAAAUGUUUUACCAGAGAUAAUGCUUUGCAAAACGAAGUUUUGAUAGAAACGAUUAGUCUAGUAGGGUGCAGUUGGCAAAACAUCGGAUUGGUAAAGGAAAAAAGCUUUGAUGUUAUUCUUACGUCAGAAACGAUUUACAACGAAAAUGAUUAUGAGUCACUUCAUUCCGCGUUGGAUUAUUGCUUAUCUGCUGACGGUGUCUGUUGGAUGGCCGCCAAGUUCUUUUACUUCGGACUGACAGGCAGUGUGCCUUCCUUCUUGGACUAUGUGAAAUCACAGAAUGUGUUUUCCGCCGGAAUAAAAGUAUCAAUUGAAGCUUCCGUUCCACGCAAAAUUUUGGAAAUCAGACGAAAAGCCUAA